AGCGUUAUGGGGCUUCCAGAUACAGGGCGCGGGGCGGGCUUCGUGCGUUACAGGCAGUACGGAGGACAGCCCGGGGUCGAACCUGGGCGGGGUCCUUGGGAGUGGUUGGCAGUUGACAGGCUCCGUGUCUCCUUCACUUCGCCCUCCAGCCGCACGCACCGGGUAGCACAGGCCGCACGACUCUCAGCACAGGUACCCGGGGCAGCCGAGGAGCUGGCACGGCUCGGCGGGGCAGGAAAAAUGGCCGUCCCCCCGUCUUACGCCGACCUCGGCAAAUCCGCCAGAGAUGUUUUCGGCAAAGGAUAUGGUUUUGGGCUGGUGAAACUCGACGUGAAGACCAAGUCGGCGAGCGGAGUGGAGUUUAAGACCUCCGGCUCGUCCAACACGGACUCCGGGAAAGUGAACGGCAGCCUCGAGACCAAAUACAAGUGGGGGGAGUACGGCCUGACCUUUACCGAGAAGUGGAACACCGACAACACUCUGGGGACAGAGAUCACCAUCGAAGACCAGAUCGCCAAGGGCCUGAAGCUGACUUUUGACACGACCUUCUCCCCAAACACCGGGAAGAAGAGCGGGAAGGUGAAGGCCGCCUACAAACGCGAAUUCGUGAACCUGGGCUGCGAUGUGGAUUUCGACUUCGCCGGCCCAGCGAUCCACGGCUCCGCCGUCGUGGGCUAUGAAGGCUGGCUGGCCGGCUACCAGAUGACAUUCGACAGCGCCAAGUCCAAGCUGACCAAGAACAACUUCGCCAUCGGUUACAAGACGGGCGACUUCCAGCUGCACACCAACGUAAACGACGGCUCGGAGUUUGCCGGCUCCAUCUACCAGAAGGUCAGCGACAAGAUGGAGACGGCCGUCAACCUGGCUUGGACGGCCGGCAACAACAGCACCCGCUUCGGCAUCGCGGCCAAGUACCAGCUGGACUCCCACGCCUCCAUCUCUGCCAAGGUGGAUAACUCGAGCCUUGUCGGUGUGGGCUACACUCAGACCCUGCGGCCAGGUGUGAAGCUCACUUUGGCGGCCCUGGUGGACGGGAAGAACAUCAACGCCGGCGGCCACAAGCUUGGCCUCGGCCUGGAACUGGAGGCUUGAGCCGCGACCCCCGCCGUGGGCUAUCUGCCAUCAGAAGGCCUGACCCGCGUGUUUGUCAAACCAUAACCAGCAAAGCUUCUGUUUCUGGCCCCUCUGUCCCCCACUCACCCGAAACGUCAUAGGACCGGAGCUGUGCCAAGGUAGAAGCCCCCCCAUCGUCCGGUGGAAACCCCCCUGUUACAAGGUUCCUCAGUGGCGCGUUCCUUUUUUAACGUAUAGUUAACCAUCGGGGAGGGCGACCCCCCCCCCCCGACACGUACGCGCAUGCAUGGUCCAUUUUACGUUCCCUUUUAAGCAGCGGCGGAUAC